AUGGCUGAUUGUGGUGAAUCACAGAAACAAGGUCAGGCUUUUGCUAUCAUCAGAUAUGAAGGUGCUUCCGAAGAACAACCGUCAGCUUCGUCAAAUUAUUUGGAUUCGAAGCGCGGAGGAAUGCUUCUAAAUCCAUGGAAUGAAAAAGCAACAGAGACUAAACUACCAGUUACCAAAUUAAAUGCUUUAAUAGAAGAUUUUGAUGGAAUGGACGGGACUCCAGAUAAGAAAUUUUAUGUGACCUUCGACUUCAAUAAACUAGACAAUUUUCAUUUCAACCAUCCGGAGUUAUAUCCUCUUCAAUCCAUCAACAAAAACAAGCAUCUGUACUCACCACAGAUGAAUGGUAUAUCAAAUCAUCUCCCUUCAUCUCCACCAUUAACUCAAUUUGAUGACGUUUCAGAGGAAAUGUACUGUAAUGUUGAUACUGUGAAGAACAAGAACUGUAGUCGAGAAUUCUGUCAAUGUGUACAUAGAUUAGUGGUAGAUUUAAAUGAUGUGGUAGAAAUUAUACUAAUAGAUGAAGGGGUGACAUUUAAUGCCAACCAUCCGACACAUUUACAUGGUCAUACUUUUAGGGUAGUAGGUAUGGGCAAGGAAAUGUACUGUAAUGUUGAUACUGUGAAGAACAAGAACUGUAGUCGAGAAUUCUGUCAAUGUGUACAUAGAUUAGUGGUAGAUUUAAAUGAUGUGGUAGAAAUUAUACUAAUAGAUGAAGGAGUAACAUUUAAUGCCAACCAUCCGACACAUUUACAUGGUCAUACUUUUAGGGUAGUAGGUAUGGGCAAGUUGAAUGUAUCAACCAGUUUGGAAGAAGUGAUGAGAUUAGACAGAGAAGGAUUAAUAGAACGUAAAUUAAGUAAGGCAGUAGCUAAAGAUACUGUGACUGUACCAGAUGGUGGUUAUACAGUUAUUAGAUUCCAUGCCAAUAAUCCAGGAAUGUGGUUCUUCCACUGUCAUAUAGAAUUCCAUGUAGAAAUUGGUAUGGGUUUAUUAAUACAAGUUGGUUCUAAAGAUGAUAUGCCUAAAAGACCUAAAGGAUUUCCAACAUGUGGGAUCAUCCUUGGGUGA